AUAUUCUGAUCUUUUACGAUGGUUUCAAUUAUAUGGUUAUCCACCAAAACGUCGUUAUCUUUUUCUUGGUGGUAUUAUUGAUGAGGAAUGUGCUGAAUCUAUUGAAACACUUGCAUUUUUGGCAGCAUAUAAAGUAACAACACCAAAUCAUAUUUACAUCAUACGUGGUGCAACGGAAUUUUUUCCAUUUCAAAUUAAAAAACGUUUUCCGAUUAAGCUAUGUUUAGUGUUAUCAGCUCUUAUCACACGAAUUUGCUCUGAAAUGCCAAUUGCUGCAACAAUUGCUAAUACAAUUUUUGCUGUACAUUCCGGUAUUAGUUCACAAGUUA